AUGGAUAGUAUUUUCAUGUACUCUGUGUUGGUAGUUGCUGGUAAAGAUGUUGGGAAGUCCGGUGUGCUUGAAUCACUUACUGGAAUCAGUCUUCCUGGAGGGCACGGCGUCUGCACUAGAGUGCCUCUAAUCAUGAGGCUUGAAAAUCACAUUGAGACAGAGGUUCACUUGGAGUACAAUGGAAAAUCAGUUCCAACCGAUGAAGUUCAUGUCUCAGAGGCUAUUAUUUGUGCAACUAAUGAGAUAGCUGGGCAUGGUAAGGGAAUAUCCGACAUACCUAUAACACUCAUAGUGAAAAAGAAUGGCGUUCCCGACUUGACUAUGGUGGAUUUGCCUGGAAUAACUAGAGUUUCAGUUCCUGGACAACCUGAAGAUAUCUUUUAACAAAUUUCAGGCAUGAUUAUGAAAUAUAUAACACCUGACGAAAGCAUAAGUUUGAAUGUUCUAUCAGCCACUGUUGAUUUCCCUACUUGUGAGUCCAUUGGUAUGUCCCGGAAGGUGGACAAAACGGAGAAAAGGGCUCUAGUGAUUGUCAAAAAUGUUGAUAAAGCUCCGGAAGGGCUGCUUGAGAAAGUGACUGCAAAUGACAUGGAUGUUGGACUUGGCUAUGUUUGUAUUAGGAAUAGAACUUGGAAUGAGUCUUAUGAAGAAGCCCUUAGUGAGGCGGCAAGUCUUUUUGAGACUCAUCCACUUUUGUCCAAGAUCGACAGGUCCAUGGUUAGUGUUCCUGUUCUGGCAAAUAAGUUGGUGCAAAUUCAAGCAAACAUCAUUUCCAAAUGCUUGCCAGAUAUCGUGCUCUAA